AUGUAUCCGGCGGUCAACAUUUCUUACUGUGUCAAGUGCAAAUGGAUGCUCCGUGCUGCGUGGUACCAGCAGGAGAUCUUGCAAACGUUUUCUUCCAAGGCUAUUGAUGAGAACGAGACAACCUUGACGGUCAAUAGCGUGACACUUUCUCCAUCACUUGUGGCCGGGACUUUCAAGGUUGCGGUGAAAAAGUCCGAAUCCGACGACUGGACCGUGAUUUGGGACCGCGUUGUUGACGAGGGGUUCCCGGACUCCAAGAUUUUGAAACAGCGGAUUAGAGACCACUUGUAUCCGGAGCUCAAGUUGAGCCAUAUCGACAAGCCAAAUAAAAAUGGCGGCAGAUUACAGACAAACCAUCACGAGGAACAAAAAGAUGAUCCAGAACUGUGCACAGAUUGCAAAACCUGGGAGUAUUAA